GCUUCCGCUGGUCACUCGCGCACCUCGGGCUGACUCACGCUGGUAGUCACAUGAUCGAGUUUGUGCCGUCAACAUCAGCUGACUUCAGAGCCUCUUUUAUUUACCCCAAACCAGACGACCCAGUCACAAGUUUAAUCGAACAGGGAAAUUAAAGUCUUCUGUAGUUGGACAGUACAGCUACGCAAUGCAGCUUUUUCAUCUGUGCUUGUUUGCUCUGUUUGCCUGGACGUCCGAUGCACUCGUUCGGAUUCCUCUGAAGAAGUUCCGGUCCAUCAGGCGGUCUCUGUCGGACUCUGGGCGGAGUGCAGAGGAGCUGCUGGCAGGAAAUGAGGGGCUGAAGUACAACCUUGGCUUCCCUUCCAGCAACAGUCCCACUCCAGAGACGCUCAAGAACUACCUCGAUGCCCAGUACUAUGGCGAGAUCGGCCUGGGCACUCCAGUCCAGCCCUUCACCGUGGUGUUUGAUACAGGGUCGUCUAACCUGUGGGUGCCCUCCGUCCACUGCUCUCUCACUGACAUAGCCUGCUUGCUUCACCACAAAUAUAAUUCUGCCAAGUCCAGCACAUAUGUGAAGAAUGGGACUGCCUUUGCCAUUCAGUAUGGGUCUGGUAGCCUGUCUGGGUAUCUCAGCCAAGAUACAUGCACGAUUGGAGACUUAGCUGUGGAAAAGCAGGUGUUCGGGGAGGCCAUCAAGCAGCCGGGCAUAGCCUUCAUCGCGGCAAAGUUCGAUGGAAUCCUGGGCAUGGCCUACCCCCGCAUCUCUGUGGACGGAGUUGCCCCUGUCUUUGACAACAUCAUGAGUCAGAAAAAGGUGGAGCAGAACAUCUUCUCCUUCUACCUGAACAGGAACCCUGAGACACAGCCUGGAGGAGAGCUGCUGCUCGGAGGGACUGAUCCUAAGUAUUACACCGGAGACUUCCAGUACCUCAACAUCAGCAGGCAGGCCUAUUGGCAGAUCCACAUGGAUGGGAUGAGUGUUGGAAGCCAGCUUACCCUGUGCAAGGCUGGCUGUGAGGCCAUUGUCGAUACAGGCACCUCUCUCAUCACCGGACCGGCCGCUGAAGUCAGGGCCCUGCAGAAGGCCAUCGGAGCCGUCCCCCUCAUUCAGGGAGAGUACAUGGUUGACUGUAAGAAGGUUCCCUCCCUGCCCACUGUCUCCUUCACCCUGGGCGGAAAGGCCUACACUCUCACUGGAGAGCAGUACAUUCUCAAGGAGACCCAGGGAGGCCAGACAGUCUGCUUGAGUGGGUUCAUGGGACUGGACAUCCCCCCACCUGCUGGGCCCCUGUGGAUUCUGGGAGAUGUGUUCAUUGGCCAGUACUACACUGUUUUUGACCGUGAGAAUAACCGCGUGGGCUUUGCCAAGUCCAGAUAGGCACAGUACCACUUUAAGGGGUAUAUUAGUGGUAAACUCAAGGCCCAAGAUAUGGAGUGAAAAUAAGAAACCUAAAGAUGCUGCAAGACAAUGAUCUCUGGUGGUUUGGAUACUUGGUAGCAAAAUGGCUGUAUAGAGUUUUAAUGCACUGUGCUUCUGUGUGCUCACAGAAUAUUAUGUUUAAAUGACUUGCGGAGCGAUCAAAAUGUUCAAAAUGAAUGAUACUGGGAGAGACGUCAUAUCUGAAUGUUUGAUACCAUUCGGUGAUCGGAGUUUUUAGCAUGUUGUGUGGUGUAUUUUUUUUGGUUGUCAUCCUCUUUUGACCAGGUGCAUGUGUGUUUAGCAAUUACGGUACAAGAUUUUAGUUCCAUUUUAACGCAGAUUUACCUGCCACUGACUG